AUGUCGCACUGCAAGUUCGAGCAACCCCGCCACGGAUCUCUGGCCUUCCUCCCGCGCAAGCGCGCUGCCCGCCACCGCGGUCGCUGCAAGUCGUUCCCCAAGGACAACGCUGCCAACGCGCCCCACCUGACCGCCUUCCUGGCGUACAAGGCUGGUAUGACCCACGUCGUGCGCGACCUGGACCGCCCUGGAUCCAAGGUGCACAAGAAGGAGAUCGUCGAGGCCGUUACCGUCAUCGAGGCUCCCGCCAUGGUUGUCGUCGGUGUUGUCGGCUACAUCCAGACCCCGCGUGGCCAGCGUGCCCUCACCACCGUCUGGGCCGAGCACCUUUCGGACGAGGUCAAGCGCCGCUUCUACAAGAACUGGUACCGCUCCAAGCGCAAGGCUUUCACCAAGUACGCCAGCAAGUACUCUGCUGACAACGGCAAGGAGAUCGCCCGCGACCUCGAGCGCAUCAAGAAGUACGCGUCGAGCGUCCGUGUCAUCGCCCACACCCAGAUGUCCAAGGUGCACCUCGGCCAGAAGAAGGCCCACAUCAUGGAGAUCCAGGUCAACGGUGGCUCGAUCGCCGACAAGGUCGACUGGGCUCGCGAGCACUUCGAGAAGACCGUCUCCGUUGGCGACGUCUUCGAGAAGGACGAGAUGAUCGACGUCAUCGGUGUCACCAAGGGUCACGGAUUCGAGGGUGUCACUGCCCGCUGGGGUACCAAGAAGCUUCCCCGCAAGACCCACAAGGGUCUGCGCAAGGUCGCCUGUAUCGGUGCCUGGCAUCCGUCGCGUGUCAUGUACUCCAACGGUUACCACCACCGUACUGAGGCCAACAAGAAGAUCUACCGCAUUGGCAGCGGCGAGGACAAGGCCAACGCCUCGACCGAGUUCGAUCUGACCGCCAAGCGCAUCACUCCUCUUGGUGGCUUCCCCCACUACGGUGAGGUCAACGAGGACUUUGUCAUCAUCAAGGGCUCGUGCGUCGGUGUCAAGAAGCGCGUCCUGACCCUCCGCAAGUCGCUGCGCGUCCACACCAAGCGCUCGGCUCUGGAGAACGUCAGCCUCAAGUUCAUCGAUACCUCCUCCAAGUUCGGCCACGGUCGCUUCCAGACCAAGGAGGAGAAGAAGGCUUUCAUGGGUACCCUCAAGAAGGACCUGGUCGAGGAGGCCUAAGCACCCGUCUGCACCCCCUGACCCCACCCGGUAUCCAAUGCUCUUGUUUAGUUGUUGCUCUCUUUCGAGUGGAAAUGAAGCCAUGGAUUUUGGACUGCCGAAAUAUCUUGAACAGUGUCGUGUGUCAGUGUUAGCGACCGCCAUAUUGCCGAUAUGGAUACUGGUUGCUGAUCCUACUGCAGCCGUUGGUCACGAUAUGAGACAUUGCCAGGUACAGAUAGCCAGUAGCACUCUGUGUGGUUUCCUUGUGGA